GGGGCGAGAGGGCAGGGAGGCGCGGGAGGCCCCGGCAGGGCGGCCACGCCGAGCCGAGCUCCUCCGAGCCGCCGGCACCUCUGGAAGCCCCGGCCCCACGUGACUGUCCCCUCCUCCGUCCUCCUCCCAGUCGCGCGCACGGGCCGGGCUGCUCGGCUCCCGCGCGCGCUCGGCUGGUCCCAGCGCCCAGCAGGAGAAGCGGAGGAGGGAGCGAGCCAGCCGGGCGGCCAGGGGAGCGGGCGCGAGCGGCAGGCUGCCGGAGCCGCCCGUGCACGGCGGCGGCGAGGGUGGCGGUCGCCUGAGCGGCGGGAGCGGGAGCGGCGUGGGUUCCGCAUCCGCCAAGUGUGAUGAAGCUGUCCCACUCCGCUGCUCCGCUCGCCGCCAGCUGACACCGCCUGCACUCCAGCCAGCCCGGGAAGGGAGCCGCCGCGGGGCCGUGACCUUGGCCAAGGAGCGCAGACUGUAAUUCCUGUACCCCGGAGCGAACCAAGUGUGGGUGACAUGGCCCAAGGGAAUAAUUAUGGUCAGGCCAGCAACGGGGUGGCAGACGAAUCCCCUAACAUGCUGGUGUACAGAAAGAUGGAAGACGUCAUAGCACGCAUGCAAGAUGAAAAAAAUGGAAUUCCUAUUCGUACUGUCAAAAGCUUUCUCUCCAAGAUACCUAGCGUCUUCUCUGUGGAGGCACUCCAUUUGGGAACAUUAAUGGCUGCUCAUGGCUACUUCUUCCCAAUCUCAGAUCACGUCCUCACACUCAAGGAUGAUGGCACCUUUUACCGGUUUCAAACACCCUAUUUUUGGCCAUCAAAUUGUUGGGAGCCAGAAAACACAGACUAUGCUGUUUACCUCUGCAAGAGAACAAUGCAGAACAAGGCCAGGCUGGAGCUAGCAGACUAUGAAGCUGAGAGCCUGGCCAGGCUGCAGAGAGCAUUUGCCCGGAAGUGGGAGUUCAUUUUUAUGCAAGCAGAAGCACAAGCAAAAGUGGACAAGAAGAGAGACAAGAUUGAAAGGAAGAUCCUCGAUAGCCAGGAGAGGGCAUUCUGGGAUGUACACCGGCCCGUGCCUGGAUGUGUAAAUACCACUGAAGUGGACAUUAAGAAGUCAUCCAGAAUGAGAAAUCCACACAAAACACGGAAGUCCGUCUAUGGUUUACAAAAUGAUAUUAGAAGUCACAGUCCUACCCACACACCCAUAACAGAAACUAAACCUCCAACAGAAGAUGAGUUACAACAACAGGAAAGACCUGAUAUAGGAAGCCCUCAAGAGAAAGCGACUUCGUUAUCAUACAUCACUGUGAAUUGUAAGAUCACUAAGAAUUUUCAGACUGAGACAUUGGAGUUAAUGCUGGUGUCACAUUUUGAACAGGUUCUGGCUAGCAGUGGAGGACCUGAAGAAAAGACCUAUCAGAGAAGUCCCCUCCCGAGUACAGGAAAUAUGGCAAGAAUUUCUGGCUCCAGGAGCCCCCAGUGCCAUUAA